AUGGAAAAUGUCCAGACAGCACUGGAUCAUCUUGAUUCUAAUAUCUCAUCAAUAGAUGAUGCACGUGAGAGAAUUAAUGCAAACACCGAAAAAACACUUGAGCUACUUGAUAGAGCGACACGUUAUCUCUUCAAGUUUUUCAAACUAAAGAAAACUUUAGAAGAUGCGAAAGACAACGUUUCAAGUAGCACAAAUUUUAGUUCCCCAGCAGUAAACCUGCCACCUAGCGCUACCCCAAAAUUCAACGAAAAACCAUGGGAGUGGGACACAUUUUGGGAAGCGUUCAACCACCCAGUGCACUCACAAGGAAUGGACCACUUCUUGAAAAUGAACUAUUUACUAGAUUCUCUUGAAGAGAAAACGAAAGCUUUCGUUAACCAAUACAGAAUAACGCGAGAGUCCUACCAGAUGGUUAUCACUCAUCUAAAGAAUAAGUACGGUAACAAACAAGAUCUCAUAGACGAACUACUCAACAGUGUACAGACGACCAAAGCGAACAGCGACCGCCUUGAAGAUCAGCAGACAUUGUGCAAGCAUUUGUUCUCCGUAAUGAGCCAAUUGGCACACAAUGGAGAAUUUGUGGACGCCACGCACCUAUAA